AGUUCUCCAAAUAUGUAUACUCCUUCAAUCAUUUUAUCACUUAUUUUUGCCAAUUUACUCCUCUUCUCCGGCUAUCCUCCCACGGAGGCGGCCGGGGGGAGUUGGCGGUUGCUGCAGAGAAACGUCGGCAUAUCAGCCAUGCACAUGCAAUUGCUUCGAAACGACCGCGUUGUGAUGUUCGACCGCACUGAUUUUGGUCCCUCCAAUUUGUCUUUGCCCAGAGGAAAAUGCCUUAGAGACCCUAACGCCAACAUAAAAGUAGACUGUACAGCCCAUUCUAUUGAGUAUAAUGUCAUCACCAACACAUUCCGACCACUCAUGGUUCAUUCCGACGUUUGGUGUUCCUCCGGCGCCGUAUUCCCCGAUGGAACUCUCGUCCAAACUGGAGGUUUCAAUUCCGGCGAACGCCGAGUCAGAAUGUUCAAGCCCUGUCCCACCUGCGACUGGGAGGAGAUUCAGUUGGGACUAUCGGCCCGCCGAUGGUAUGCCACUAACCAUAUUCUUCCCGACGGUAGACAGAUCAUCAUCGGCGGACGGAGACAGUUCAAUUACGAAUUCUAUCCAAAAAAUAGAGCAACUCAAAAAGUGUUCGAUUUGCGUUUCUUGGCAGAGACAAAUGACAAUCAAAUCGAAAACAAUUUAUACCCAUUUGUUUUCCUUCAACCUGAUGGGAAUUUAUUCAUAUUCGCCAAUAACCGAGCGAUUUUAUUCGAUUACACUAAAAACAGAGUCGUCAGAACAUUUCCGGCGAUUCCUGAUGGCGAGCCGCGGUGCUACCCGAGUACUGGCUCUGCCGUGAUGCUUCCGUUGAAAGUGGAUGCUAAAUCCAUUGAAGUUGAGGUAUUAGUGUGUGGUGGAGCUCCGAAAGGAGCUUUUACAAAGGCCAAUAGUGGAGUUUUUGUAGAGGCGUUGAGAACUUGUGCCAGAAUUAAAAUUACUGACCGAAAUCCUCAGUGGGUCAUGGAAACAAUGCCGCAACCCCGAGUGAUGGUUGAUAUGUUGUUGCUUCCAAACGGCAACGUUUUGCUCAUUAACGGAGGCUCCGCCGGUACUGCCGGUUGGGAAAUCGGCAGGAAACCGGUCUUAAACCCGGUUGUGUACCACACAAAUAACCCACGCGGUAAAAGAUUCGAAUUGCAGAAUCCGACUAAAAUUCCCCGAAUGUAUCACUCGACGGCGAUAUUACUCCGCGAUGGGCGUGUUCUCGUUGGCGGCAGUAAUCCACACGCGUUAUACAAUUUCACCGGCGUACUUUAUCCGACGGAAUUGCGGUUAGAAGCAUUUUCCCCUUCGUAUUUAGACCGUGAGUUUUCAUAUCUACGGCCCGCAAUCCAAUUUCCAGUUUCUCCGUCAAAGCUUCGACACGGGCAAGCAUUGAAGGUGAGUUUCACAGUCCCCGGAAAAGUUGACCCAACAAGGCUGUCGGUGACGAUUUUGUCGCCGUCGUUCAAUACUCAUUCGUUCUCCAUGAAUCAGAGGCUGUUGAUUUUGGGCAGCAGGAAGUACAGACUUAGAGGGAAUUUGAAAUAUGAAGUUGAAGUUACAAUUCCGGCAUCAGGUAAUAUUGCACCGUCGGGAUAUUAUAUAUUAUACCUUGUUCAUAAGGAAAUUCCCAGCGAGGGAGUUUGGGUGCAAAUUCAGUGACGGACAUUUGACAUCGAUUCGAGUUUUCUCUGUUUGGAUAUAAUAUUUUAUUUUCAUUCGUCUUUUGAGGUUUUACUUUUUAACACAAUAAUUGUCGAUAAAUAUACCGGGAGAAAAUUGAAAAAAAAAAAAAAUACAUACAUGCAUAUAUAUAUAUAGUGGUUUGACUGGAGAAAGGUUUGAUGUGUUUCAAAUGAAUAAAAGUUGGAUUAUUAUUAGCAGGAAAUUAAAUGAUGAAGG